AUGGCUUUAAAGAAGGAAAAGGCGGGAAAAGGCGAGAAGAGCGCUGGUAGUGACGAUGCGGAUUCUUCCCGUGCUGUUGAUAUAGGCUCAACCAUGAUUCUCAAGUAUCUCCAACAGCAGAACCGACCAUACUCGGCAAUUGAUAUCAGUGCAAACUUGCACAAUAAGGUGACUAAAGCAUAUACGGUCAAAGCAUUAAAGGCUCUGCAUGAGCGGAAGCUGCUUGAGUGCAGGGUCUCGGGAAAACAGAUGGUCUACCAUGCGGUCCAAGAGACUGCCAAUGAGGCAACGGCAGAAGAACUUGCCGCUAUGGAUGACAGGAUCACAUCUCUUAGGGAGCAACUCGAAUCUGCCAAACGACAAGAAAAGGCUCUCAAGUCUGAGCUUGCCGUGUUAAACUCCCGUGUCUCAAGCACAGAGCUUCUCUCGCAAAUCGGCCAGUUAGAGCUUAGAAUGGGUACACUGAACGAUCAGCUUUCCCGGCUCUGCAAGGAAACGGCUACAGGCAGGAUAGUAACAGAAGAAGAAAGCAACUGGGUCCAGAAAAACUGGGCAACGUGGAAGAGACACGCUUCUCUCCGCAAGCUGGCAUGUCGAGAAAUGUGGUUGAAAUGCACAGAAGUUCUGCCUGACAACGUCAAAAGCGCACAGGAACUCUGGGAGUCGCUCGGGAUGGAAGGAGAGCUGUAA